CGCUUUCUCUUCCGGAUUUUCUAUUUCUCUCUUCUCUCCGGCCCUUCCCUUCUUCUCCUUUCCCCUUCGCAACCCCCCAACACCACUGCUGCUGCUAGUCCCCCUCGCAUCCGCGCUGUUCCAUCCCUCCCAUUCGCCAUUCCGUCGGCCGCCUCGCGUGCUGCUGGGUGGCGGGGGCGCGUGGGUGCGGGCGGGUAGAUUUUGUCGGGUGGUUUUGAGAUAAGGGAGGCGGAGAUGGCGUGAUCGGCGGCGGAGGAGAGGCGGGGAUGGGGAGGGUGGGGUUUGGGGUGGCGGCGGGGUGCGCGGCGGCCACGUGCGCGAUCGCCGCGGUGCUGGUGGCGCGCAGGGCGUCGGCGCGGGCGCGGUGGCGGCGGGCGGUGGCGCUGCUGCGCGAGUUCGAGGAGGGCUGCGCCACGCCGACCGCGCGCCUGCGGCAGGUCGUCGACGCCAUGGUCGUCGAGAUGCACGCCGGGCUCGCGUCCGACGGCGGCAGCAAGCUCAAGAUGCUGCUCACCUACGUCGACGCGCUCCCCAACGGGAAUGAAGAAGGUAUAUAUUACGCCAUUGAUCUUGGAGGAACGAGCUUCAGAGUCUUAAGGGUGGAAGUUGGUAUGGGGUCAGUAAUUAGUCAGAAGGUUGAAGAUCAUACCAUCCCUGAAGAAUUUAUGGGCAGUAGUGAGGAUUUAUUCAACCUCGUUGCCUUGGCACUAAAGAAUAUUGUCGAACGGGAAGAUGGAAAAGAUGAAAAAAGGGCACUUGGUUUUACAUUUUCCUUCCCUGUUAGACAGAAUUCAGUUUCUUCAGGAUCAUUAAUUAGGUGGACCAAGGGGUUUUCAGUUGGAGACACUGUUGGGAAAGAUGUUGCUCAGUGCUUAAAUGAUGCGCUUGCUAUGUGUGGAUUAAAUGUGCGAGUCACUGCACUGGUCAAUGAUACUGUGGGGACAUUAGCUCUAGGGCAUUAUUAUGAUGAGGAUACAGUGGCUGCUGUGAUAAUUGGUGCUGGCACCAACGCUUGCUAUAUCGAACGCACUGAUGCAAUUAUCAAGUGUCAGGGUCUUCUUACAAACUCAGGAGGCAUGGUAGUAAACAUGGAAUGGGGUAAUUUCUGGUCAUCACAUUUGCCAAGAACUUCUUAUGACAUCUCAUUAGACGAUGAGACACAAAAUCGCAAUGAUCAGGGCUUUGAGAAAAUGAUAUCAGGAAUAUACCUUGGGGAAAUUGUAAGACUGGUGCUCCAUAGAAUAGCUGAAGAAUCAGAUGUUUUUGGUGAUGCUGCCGAUAGUCUAUCAACCCCUUUCAUUUUGAGCACACCGUUUCUGGCUGCAAUUCGUGAGGACGAUUCACCGGAUCUGAGCGAAGUCAGAAGGAUACUGCAAGAACAUCUGAAGAUCCCAUCGGCCCCUCUGAAAACCCGAAGGCUGGUCGUCAAAAUCUGCGACAUCGUGACCCGGAGAGCUGCCCGUCUGUCCGCUGCUGGUAUCGUGGGGAUACUGAAAAAGCUCGGUCGGGAUGGGAGCAGCGGCCCAGCCUCCUCGAGCGGAAGGACAAGAGACCAGCCAAAGAAGACGGUGGUCGCGAUCGAGGGCAGCCUGUACCAGGAUUACCCGGUGUUCCGGGAGUACCUUGACGAGGCCCUGGCGGAGAUCCUUGGGGAGGAGGUUGCUCAGACCGUGACGCUGAGGGUGACGGAGGACGGGUCGGGGUCUGGAGCUGCUCUGCUUGCCGCCGUGAACUCGUCGAAUAGACAGCGGCAACAAGGGGGUUCCAUAUAGUGGAUGGGAGAGAGUGAGAGACAAUGGUGAUACAGCUUGCCCCUCUGUUCAAAUGUAAAAAGGGACAUUGUUUGAUAUCUAUGAUUCAUAUAUAUAAAAUCUGGUCUUGUGCAGAGAA